CCGGCGAGCGUCUCCAUGGCGCGGCGGGCUGAUGGACGACCGGGGCGUGAUGCGGUCGAGAUGGAAACCGCCGCGGCGUCGUUCCGAGUGAUCGUCCUUAUAAGCGAAGGUCGGGCCCUGCCGACCCCAGGCCGCGAGACCCACCCGGCUUACGCGUUCUCGCCAGAGGCUGCCGGCCGCAGUAUGGCUCGAAUGUUUGUUCCGGCGGCACUCUGGCUGUGCGCGACGCUUCUGGGUCAGCACAAUGUCCAGGGAGCACCGAGGCCCGUUCGUCAGAUCAGUCCAGUUGACCAUGGUCCGUACACGGCCACCGUGCAUGCGACACCGUUCAUGUCAUCGGGAGUCCUGGGCGGCAUCGGCUCGGCGCUGGGCAGCGUCGGGUCCACUCUCGGUGGCCUCCACAGCACCGUAAUGGACGGACUGCACGGGGCACUGCACGGCGGCGGCAUGUUGGGAGGCGUCCCGGGCUUCCACGCUCCGCUGACCGCGGCGAGUCACUUGCUGUCGGGAACGUUCGGCGCUGUGGGACACCAUCUAGGCGGCCUAGUGGGGGCAAGCCCUCUGGGAGGCCUCGCCUCACCUCUCGCGGCACCGCUUUCGGCUCUGUCUCCCGGCCUCUCUGGCCUUUCCAUGGUGCCUGGCAACGGAGGUGGUGGCAUGUCCGUGCUCACUCACACAGUCCACUACGGCAGUUCGGGCGACAUGGGCCUCGCCGCGGCCGAACACCAGCACCUGGCCAGCACGGCCCACCAGCACAGCCUUCUGGCCAGCCAGGCGUUGGCCGCUGCGGACGCCGUCGAGAACGCCCAACUGCAGGCCGCUCUUGCCCGGAGGCACUUGAUCCACAAGGCCCUAACGCACCAGAGCCUCGCAAGCCAGGCCCAGAUGAUGGCCCACGAUGCCCACGCGCGUCUGCUUCAAGCACAGGCGGCGCACACUACUGUGACGUCCAUGUACCAUAAUGGUUUUGGCCAGGGGUAUCCCGUAAUGGGAGUGCCAGCGCCCGCAAUGAUGCCCGUAGGCUACGUUGAGAACCCUCUUCACAGCAUCAUCAGGAAACACUGCACGACGGUGCGUUACAUCAACGGGGGCGGUGGCCUGCACCCAAUGCCGUUGGGUCUCUCGAAUGGUAUCGGAGUUGGAGGAGCUUACCCGUACGACGUACACAACGCCAUGGCUAUUGGGCACGGACUUGGCGCCUACGGCAUGCAUGAUGCAUAUGGUAGUAGUCCACUUUUCGCCAGUGGGGCUGCGGCGCUUCACAGUGGCCUCGGCAUGGGCGUUUCAACGCUGCACGGUGGAUACGGAGGUCUUUACAGCGGCGGUUAUGGAGGACUUCACGGAAGUCUCGGAUAUGGUGCAGGCAGUCUUUAUCACGGUAUUCACAGCGGGCUUGGAUACGGCGCGGCGGGUCUAUACCAUGGUCUUCACAGUGGUCUCGGAUACGGCGCCACUGGUCUCUACCAUGGACUUCACGGUGGCCUCGGAUAUGGUGCCGCUAGUCUUUACCACGGCCUCCACGGUGGUCUAGGCUACGGAGCUGCUGGUUUUCAUGGACUACACAGUGGUUUAGGCUACGGAGCCGCCGGUCUUUACCACGGACUUCACAGUGGUUUGGGCUAUGGUGCCGCUGGACUUUACCACGGAAUUCACGGUGGUGUAGGCUACGGGGCCGCCGGUCUUUACCACGGACUCCAUGGUGGUAUGGGCUACGGAGCCGCUGGACUUUACCACGGACUGCACGGUGGUAUGGGCUACGGAGCCGCUGGACUUUACCACGGACUGCACGGUGGUAUGGGCUACGGAGCCGCUGGACUUUACCACGGACUGCACGGUGGUAUGGGCUACGGAGCAGCUGGACUUUACCACGGAGCCCACGGUAGCUUCGGCUACGGUGCCGGAGGCCUUUACCACGGCUUGCAUGGUGGUCUCGCGCACGCGGCUUAUGGCCUGCACAGCGGAAUGGGACUCGCUAGUGGCGGUCUUGCUUACGGCGCCGGGGGAAUGUUCGGAGCCCACCACCCUCUUCACUCGGCCGUGCAUUCGUCAAGCUUCUCAAGCUACGGCGGUAGCUUCGGUUACGGUGCCGGCCCCGGUUUGGUUCGCCGCUAACACUCAUUAGGCAGUUGCCGUACACGGCACGGAGGAAGGGACCGAGCUUUUCGUCGCUAACUUGAAUUAUGUCUUAAAGAAUAAAACAUUGUUAUACCCAA